AUGGCCCAGGUGGUAAUGAGCUUGCUGAACGCGAGCGCAGUUGGCAACCCGUUGGCCAACGCGAUCGCCAAACCGGACUGGACCACGGCUCCUGCGGGCAACCCUUUCGUGGACGGAUGGUAUGCCGAUCCUGACGUCGCCAUCUACCAAGACGAGUACUGGGUGUUCCCGACAUACUCGGAUGCCUAUGAGAAGCAGACUUUCAUGGACGCCUUCUCAAGCCCUGAUCUCGUCAACUGGACAAAGCAUCCCAACAUCUUGACGAUCGACAAUGUCAAGUGGGCGAACAAGGCGGUCUGGGCUCCUGCACCGGUCGCGCGAAACGGGAGAUACUUCCUCUACUUUGCAGCAAACGACAUUCAAGAGGACGAGGACCAAGCUGGCGCUAUUGGGGGUAUAGGGGUUGCGGUGGCAGAUAAUCCGCAAGGGCCGUACAUUGAUGCCAUCGGGAAGCCGUUGAUUGGCCACUACUACAACGCCGCCCAGCCGAUUGACCAGGGCGUCUUCAUUGACGACGACGGCCAGGCGUACAUGUACUACGGCGGUCACAGUCACGCCAAUGUGGCAAAGUUGAACGAGGACAUGAUCUCGAUCGGAGCAUUCGACGACGGGACCCAGUUCAAAGAAAUCACACCGGUCGAUUAUGUUGAAGGGUCGCUGAUGAUCAAGCGUAACGGGACAUACUACUUCAUGUGGUCCGAGGGCGGUUGGAUGGGGUCAGACUAUUCAGUGGCGUAUGCCAUGACUAACAGUCCUACGGGGCCGUUCAACCGGAAAGGCAAGAUCCUGCAGGAAGACCCGGCUGUUGCGAAGGGCUGUGGGCACCACGGCAUUAUCAACGUUCCGGGGACCGAUAUAUGGUACAUCGUCUAUCACCGGCGGCCCUUGAGUGAGACUGCCGCCAAUCAUAGAGUACUUGCAUACGACCGCAUGUACUUCAACGACGACGGCACGAUCGCACCGGUGAAGUUGGGCGUGGAAGACAACUUUGCAGACGGCAACGCAAUCGGGUGGAAGUCAUACGGCGGAGAUUGGUCGGUUGUCGACCAGCGUCUUACGAUAAGCGGUGAAUUUGGCGGUCUUGCGAUGCUUGAUACCCAGUUUGGCAAUCUGACCUUUGAUGCUACGAUCGCAUUACCCCGGGCGGAUGGGCAAAGGGUCGGAGGCGAAGCUGGUUUGUUGUUCAGGGCUUCAAACAUCACCAGCCCAAGCAUGUUUGUUGGGUACUUUGCUGCAAUAUCCCCGGCAGGUAAUGUUUCGCUGAAGUCUUUGAGUGCGUCUGGUUGGGAAGUCCUCCAGAGUUCCGCAGUCGCUGCGACUAGUGGGGAGGAAUAUAAAGUCAGAGUUAUUGCAAACGGGCCUGGACUGCAAGUCUUCGUCGAUGACCUUGAGACCCCCAAGAUCUCCGUCAAUGUAGCAGAUGGAAACAAUAUCAUCACUGGGGCAACAGGAGUUGGUGCCUUUGGGACGGCGGCUAGAUUUGGAUACGUAUCAAAUAAGGGCUUGAGCAGUACGUAG